UGCUUUUAUAUAAAAUGUUUAGCAAUGUAAUCUAUAUUAAUAAGAUUAUAAUACUAUAAACAAAAUGAAUAAAAUUUAAUGUCCUAUGUAAUUUUUACCUGCCCUUACAUAUUUUCGUCGACUUUUACUAGUUUUUUAAUAUAAAUUGGUUAUAACUACUUAUUUUUUUUCAAACCGAUUUUAUCUAAGUGAUCGUAAAAACUUACAGGAACAUGACAUUUAUUAAAGACUAAAUGUAUUUUAAAUUUUGUAAAUUAAAUGUUAACAUAAUAUAGUUGAAAGUGUUUGAAGACAAUUAAUGAAACGAUAGUUCAGAGAACAGUCUCGCAUUUUAUAACAAUCUAACCUUAAAAGAAACGUGAUGAUCUAUAAGCAUACAUGUAUAUUUAUAUUGUUUUUACGUGAAAAUUAGUAGAAGAUAUUAAAGUUCUAUCUAUAUACAUUAUGACAAUGUGGCAUCAUUCUAAAUUAAUUUGUAAUAAAUUUGUGACAAAAUGGAAUAAUUUUGCUUUUUACAACUACAACAAAAGAAUAAGACAUAGUAGUUCAAAAACUACUGUAGAAACAAAUGAAGAUGUUGAUGACCCACUUCCUAAGCAAACAAAAGUUGUUAUAUGUGGAGGUGGUGUUAUGGGUGGUGCAGUUGCUUAUCAUCUUUCACUUAUGGGAUUAGGAUCUCAAACUGUUAUUGUAGAAAGCGGCAGAUUAGGAGGUGGAACAACCUGGCAUACAUCAGGAUUAGUAGGAGCUUUUAAACCAAGUUUGGCACAAGUUAAGCUUGCUCAAAAUACCAUAGCAUUAUAUAAAGCAUUGGAAAAAAAAGGCUUAUCAACAGGAUGGAAACAAUGUGGUAGUCUUUCUUUAGCACGCACAAGAGAUCGUAUGACUGUAUUUAGACGAAUGAAAGCACAGUCUAUUUCCUGCAAUAUUGAAUGUCAUUUAAUUACACCAAAACAAGUACAAGAAAUAUGUCCAUUAUUACGAGUAGAUGAUUUAGUUGGUGGAUUAUGGAUCCCAGGGGAUGGAGUGGGAGAUCCAUAUCAAAUUUGUUUAACAUUAAUAGGAGAGGCAAAAAAGAAAGGUGUUAAAGUGUUUGAAAACUGUAAAGUUACUAAAAUUAUUACACAAAAUGGUAGAAUUGCAGCUGUAGAAACAACACAUGGUACUAUUGAAUGCGAACAUUUUGUCAAUUGUGCUGGAUUUUGGGCACGUAAUGUAGGAAAAUUAAGCGAGCCAUAUGUAAAGGUGCCUCUUCAUCCUGUAGAACAUUAUUAUUUGCAUACAAAAUCAAUUAAUGGUUUAGAUCCUAUGACCCCUGUUAUAAGGGAUUUAGAUGGAUAUAUUUAUUUUCGAGAAAAUAACGGAAGUUUAUUAGCUGGUGGCUUUGAACCAGUUGCAAAACCAGCAUUUGAAGAUGGAACAAUACCUGGAGGUACAGAGCAAAGAUUUCUGCCAGAAGAUUGGGACCAUUUUCAUAUAUUACUUGAACAAAUGCUUUAUAGAAUUCCAAGUCUAGGAAAUGCUAUUUUAGAAAGAUUAUGUAAUGGUCCUGAAGCAUUUUCUCCAGAUUGUAAGUGGAUAGUUGGUGAAGCACCAGAAAUACGUAAUUAUUAUAUUGCUGCUGGUAUGAAAACGGUGGGUAUAUCAGCAGCUGGUGGAGUUGGUCGAGCAACUGCAGAAUUAAUAGUUAAUGGUUCAACAUCUUUAGAUAUGUAUGAAUUAGAUGUGUCACGAUUUUUGGGACUUCAUAACAAUCGUAAAUUUCUACGUGAUCGAGUAAAAGAAGUUCCUGGCAUGCAUUAUGCUCUACAAUAUCCACAUCAUGAAUUUAAAACUGGUAGAAAUUUAAGAAUGUCUCCAAUUUAUCCAAAACUUCGAGCAGCUGGUGCUAUAUUUGGUCAAGUAAUGGGGUACGAACGACCAUCCUGGUUUCAAUUAGAUGGUGAUAAUGAUUUAGAGACGAUUGAUGGGUUUCAAAGAUGUAAGAUAGCAUAUACGAAUACGUUCAGUAAACCACCAUGGUUUGAAGCAGUUUGGAAUGAGUAUGCUGCAUGUCGAGAAACAAUUGGACUGAGCGACUAUUCUUCUUUUACUAAAAUUGAUUUAUGGUCAAAUGGAACGGAAGUAGUCGAUUUUUUACAAUAUUUGUGUUCCAAUGAUGUUGAUGUUCCAGUAGGAGGUAUUAUUCAUACAGGUCUACAAAAUCAUCGUGGAGGUUAUGAAAAUGAUUGCAGUUUAGCACGUAUUGCUCCCAAUCAUUAUAUGAUGAUUGCACCUACCAUACAACAAACUCGAUGUAAGCAUUGGAUUAAUCGUCAUUUACCAGUAGAUGGUUCUGUAGCAGUAUCUGAUGUAACAUCAGCAUAUACAGCAAUCUGUAUUAUGGGUCCUGCUACUAGGCAAUUAUUAUCAGAAUUAACAGAUACUGACUUAAAUCCCAAAAACUUUCCAUUUUUUACUUUUAAGGAGUUAGAUGUUGGUCUUGCUAAUGGAAUACGCACAAUGAAUCUAACUCAUACUGGAGAACUUGGCUAUGUCUUAUAUAUUCCAAAUGAAUUUGCAUUACAUGUUUAUACAAGAUUAGUAGAUGCUGGAGUUAAGUAUGGAAUAAAACAUGCUGGUUACUAUGCAACUCGAGCUUUACGAGUUGAAAAAUUUUACGCAUUUUGGGGUCAAGAUUUAGACACCUUUACUACUCCUUUGGAAUGUGGACGAACUUGGAGAGUAAAAUUAGAUAAAGGUGUGCAUUUUAUUGGAAGAGAUGCUCUUUUAAAACAACGCGAAGAAGGUGUAAAACGGAAAUAUGUGCAGCUAUUAUUAAACGAUCAUGAUCCCGAAUUAGAUACAUGGUGUUGGGGCAGUGAACCUAUUUUUAGAAAUGGAAAAUAUUGUGGAAUGACAACUACUACAGGUUACGGAUUUACAUUUAAAAAGCAGGUUUGUCUUGGAUUUGUUCAAAAUUUUGACUCACAAGGACGUCCACAAGAAGUGACAAAUGAAUAUAUAUUGUCAGGAGAUUACGAAGUAGAUGUAGCGGGAAUAAAAUUUCCCGCAAAAUGUCAUUUGCAUAGUCCUAAUUUACCAACCAAAUUUCCAGAUAAGGAAAGGGAUUCUUAUCAUGCAACACGUGAUCAUCAAGUUGUUUGACUCUGACAAUAUAAGUUUUGAAUUGUGUACAAAUAAUGUAUAUAAAGUUUAAUAAAUUAUUUAAUAAGUGACAA